UAGAGCUCCGCCUUAUCCAGCACCACUGUAGACCACCCAAACGACGUCACUGCGAUUCCUGCUCCACGUUCCUGCUGGGCAGCUUCGUCCUCGACCUCUAUCCUUGCCCGUCCACACGGCGCCGACCACAGCUGCUGCCCUCAAUGUCGUCGCCGCCCUGGGACUACAUAGCCAAGCUCGUCUGCAUCGGCGACUCGGGCUGCGGCAAGUCGUCCCUCACCAUCCGCCUCUGCGAAGGCCGCUUCAGCGCACAGCAUGAUGUCACCAUUGGCGUCGAGUUCGGCUCCCGCAUCGUCCCCGUAGGGCCCCCUCACAGCACGCCCAAGCCGCCACAGCUGGCCUCUUCACAACCUGCCGAGCACUCUGGCGACUCGUCCGCCGACGCCCCCGCCAGAAAGCCAGAAGGCCUGCCCACGCCGCGGACGACACCCAAGGACAAAGACCAGCAAGACCCUCCCGAGCAGAAGCACAUGAAGCUGUCGCUGUGGGACACGGCAGGGCAAGAGACGUACAAGUCGGUCACUCGGUCCUACUUCCGCGGCGCCAGCGGAGCGCUGCUCGUCUUCGACAUCACCCGGAAACAGACAUUCCUGCACGUCACAGACUGGCUCAAUGACCUCCGGCAAAUUGCCGAGCCCGACAUCGUCGUGGUCCUCGUAGGCAACAAGCUCGACCGCGCGUCAGAAACACCCGAGGGGGAGGAGGACGACACAGCCGCCGCAUCCAAGAGCAACGGCAACCCAAACCGCGACGACGGCAAGACCGGCCACAGGCGCGAGGUCUCGAGGGCCGAGGCCGAGGCGUGGGCCAAGCAGAACGGCGUGCUGCACUACGUCGAGACGAGUGCCAAGAGCGGCGAGAAUGUCGAGGCGGCCUUUAUGAACGUGGCCGAGCGCAUCUUUGAGAACAUCAAUGCCGGCAAGUACGACCUCAACGACCGGCGGUCUGGCGUCAAGGGCCCGGGCCCCGGGACGGCCGCCGCGCGCUCCGUCCAGCUGUCAAAUCAGAAAAAGGCCGCUGCUGGUGGAUGUUGCUGAGCCCUUUGGAUCCCCCCCCCUCCCCGGGGCGGAACUUGUACUUCAGGCUCGCUUGUUUCCGGAGCAUACCGUCCCGUCCUGGAAGGGUGUCCUC